GUUCUGCUUCACUACGAUUCUUCUCCACUUAUUAUUCUCCUCCCACUGCAUCUUUUAAGUUCUUGUUAACCAUCUCUUCACAACCAUAUGCAUAAUUCAACAUUUCAUUUCAUGUCUCUUCUUUAAGAUAAUUCAUCUAAACACUUUGAUGGAAGGAGACAUGUUUAUGGAUUUGUAUACUGAUGAUAAGACUAAUAUGGUCAUGUAAUUGCACCAAACUCAUACAUAUAUUCAAGUGUUAACUGAUAUGGCCGGAAUAUUGCCCGGGGUUGAAUGUGCUCGAAGAAGACGAUUUCAUCAAACUGAUCCUUAUAGUUCAGUAAUUGGUACAAAUAGUAGUACCUGUCGAACAAGACGCUACUCAUUUUGCCUAUACACAAGCAGCAGCAAUGAUACUCAUCCCAAUUAUUCUUCUUCAACCUCCUCUUCACUGAAAAGAAGUAUAUCAAAUCAUCAAAAGACUUUGGAACAAGAUGAGAAACUUGAAGGUGGUGUCAGAGAAGCAAAAGAAAGAUUGCGUGAAAAACUUCGGAGCCGAAGUUAUUCAUCAUCAUCCUCGUCAGCAUCAUUAAUUUCAGUACCAAAUAAGAGGUCUAGUACAACUGAAGGUGAUGAUAUAAGGUUAGUAAUUGAAGGUCAUUUAGAGAAAAAGGCGGUUGGAUCGAAGAAGAAAACUUGCAGUAGUACAACUAAGUAUUCACAUCUGUCAAGGAGGACAUUCAUGAGUUGGGCAAAGUUUGGAUGGAAAUCGUCCAACCAAGAAGUAUGUGCAGGUUGUAAUUUCUAGUCAGAACUUGAUGAACCUUCCGGCCUUGUGCAAUCACGAUAGCUGCUUGGCACCGUGGCUUGAGACAAAUGCUCAUUGGCCUUGUUGUAAACUUAGAAUAUUAUAAUGGUAAUCUUGAUUAGUUCUUAAUUUAACAUAAACUUUCAGUAUCAUAGAGUCGGCAUAGACUUUUCUUUUUCUAAAAUCAUCAAAGGAUAUUAUGUGAUUCAAGUAGAAUUGGAAAUCAGUAUCAAUCUUAAUCUUGUCUAAAGGAAUGCGACCCUACUGAUCACUAUAAGA